AUGCUUCAUUUUCUACACAUUCUACUGCUCAUUUUCGGCAUCGCUUUUUGUGGAAAGAAAAAGAGCCAAAAGAAGACUCAAUCUGCCCCGAAAUCUGUCAGCGUCCAAUUGAAAUCGAUCAAAUCUCUCCAACAGCCGGACCCUCAAGCGAAUCAACCUCCUCAACCGGCAGCAGAGCCAGCGGGACAAAAACCAAAACAAAAGUCUGAGGUGGUCGAAAAAACGGGCAAUUCGGCACCCACGGAAACCGAAACCGAUGCUGAAAAGCAGAAACGAAUUCUCGCCGACAUUGAGCUCAAAUUCAAAAAGGAAGAAGCGGCUGGAGUCCCUCAACUCCAAUUCUCUAGUCGACGAAUCGAGAAGGAACGCCAGGAUAAACAACAGAAGCUCGCUCAAUCUAGAAAGAGUGAAAAAGCGCAGGAUGUG